AUGAGAUCACUUCAGCAUCUGACGGUUGUAGGUGUUAAUGUUUGCAUUACACAGAGGGAAGUCCGUGAGCAUGCUAUGCAUAUGCUUGGUCGUGAGACCAAGAAUGACCUUCUACCUCCCCCCCCUGACGGAACAGAAAUUGCACGGUUUGUGAUGGCAAAACAAGGUGGGCCAACUGCUGAGAACUUUCGACUGGAAUUUGGCAAAACACACCUUAGUCCCUGGAACAAGAAAGCAGCCAAAGUCUUUGCUCGGAGUUUUAUUGAAUCGGGCCUAUACACCAGUGAUGAUAAGAACGCUGUUGAGACAGCAUUCCGAAUCCACAUCAAAACUCUCUGCUUGCACUACCAGGCACAGGUCCGAACUGCCAAUGCAAUGCCCCCUACUCAACGAACUAUUGACAACCGCCAAGCUGCUGCUCGAAGGGCUCGCCGGAAAACUCUUCUUGACCAUCGUAUCACUGCAGCCUAUUGCCACGAGGACCUUGUCGGUUACAGAAAUAUCAUUCGCGACAUGGGACCAGAUGGCAUGAGUGGUGACGAGUCUGACACUCGUGAUGGCCUCAAGCGUUACGUCAUAUUUCUGGAUGAGUGGCGUAAUCCUGAAGUGGCCACAUGGAUUCGUGUAUUUGAUCGUGUCUUCAUGACUACUAAAUUCAACCAGGUAAAUCGACCUAAGCGUGGUAAUUGGCCUCGUAUUAGGGUCCCCACCACCCAGCGUAAUGCUAUACGUUCUGGUAACCCUGUGCCAGGCCUUCCACGCAACUUCUACAACGAAGAGUGGUUGAGUACAUUGGAUGUAGAUGAACUGGAAGCGCUCAAUGUUCAACAGCCCAUAAGCCUUGUUCAUUCUCAAGAGGUCCUCUGGUGA